AUGGAGGCGGGGGCGGGUGGCGGCGGCCAUGGCCGGCGGGAGAGGGAGAGGCCGGUGAGGAAGGUGCAGGUGGUCUAUUACCUAUGCAGGAACGGGCAGCUGGAGCAGCCGCACUUCGUGGAGGUCCCCCGCCGCCGCAACCAGUUGCUCCGCCUGAAGGGUCCUCCCUCCGCCGCCCCCAUUCUCCGCCCAGCUCCGGCGACCGGCGGGUUGACCUCUGUUUUUGAUGUCUAAUGGUUGCAGAUGUGACGGAAAGGUUGACGGCGCUGAGGGGCAAGGGGAUGCCGUCGCUCUUCUCCUGGUCCUGCAAAAGGUGCCGCCGCCGCCGCCGCCGUCUCUCUGGUUCUCUCUCUCUAUCCCCUUCUUCUUGUUCCUCUCUCUCACGGGUCGUGUCUUCUUUCUUCUUCUCUCUGGUCUGCGAAGGAGGUACAAGAACGGGUACGUAUGGAACGACCUCGCCGGCGACGACGUGGUGCAUCCGGCCGAAGGCGACGACGAGUACAUCCUCAAGGGGUCGGAGAUCGUCGUCGUCGGAGGAGCAGCAGGUUUCUCCGGUCAGUGCCAUCGUUUCCAUGGAGAAAGGUCAGUCCUUUAGAGCUCUCUGAUUCGCCCUUGCUUCAUUUGUCGACAGAAGGGUUCCAGCGGCUGCAGCUCGGCGCGCAGAGGCCGCCGUUCCUUGCGGCGCCGCCAGCGGAAGAGGAGGAGGCGGCGGAGGAGGAGGAAGAAGAAGAAGAACCCGAGGCGGAGGACAUCGUUCCCCGGCAGGGCGGCGGCGACGCCCAUCACUCCGAGCUGGCCAUGGACGCAGCAGACGCCUCCCCGCCGUCUUCUUCCUCCUCCGAGAAGCCCCACCCGCCCGCCACCGCCGCCGACGAGGGAAGAAUCGCCGCCGGCGACGGACUCGAGGCCUGCCGGCCGCCGCGAAGCUCCAUCCUCCUGCAGCUGAUCGCCUGCGGGUCGGCGGUGGCAAAGGUCCGAAGUGGCCUGCUGAAGGACUCUGCGACGGCGGCGGCGCCGCCGCCAAGCUCUGGUUUGAGCACUCCCAACACUAGCGGCCGGAGGAGCUUGGGGAGCCUCCACAAGGGCGGCGGGCUCCGCCGGCGGGCGGCGGCGGCGGAGUGCGACGAGGAGAUCCACUACAUGUCGGAGAACCCCCGCUUCGGCAACCCGCAGCUGGAGGACAAGGAAUACUUCAGCGGGAGCAUUGUGGAGUCCAUCGCCGGCGACAGGACCGUUGCGGCGGCGACUGGGCCUGGUCUGAAGAAAUCGUCCUCCUACAAUGAAGAUCGGUAAUGCACCAUGAACGAAAUCAAUCGUUCUUCCCCUCUUCCCUUAAAAUUGGAACCUCAGCUGCACCGCCGUCUCUGACAGGUUGACCAAGUGCGGAUUGGCGGCGGGAAUCCUCGACGAUGGGGAGGAGGAGGCGGCGGCAGCGGAGAGGAGGGGGCAGUCGAGGUGUGUGCCGGGGAAGAAGAGUUUCGCCUUCUGCGCCGGCGGGAAGCAGUGA